AUGUCUGCCACUUUCUGCCGGAACAUUGUGUCGCGCCGGGCCGUGAAUGUGCCUACUACCGUGAAGAGCGUUGCCAACGGCACUCCUAUUGUGCCGGGUCUCAACCUUCGCGCUGCUGCGCCUGCUGACCCGCACAGCCACGAUGAGCAUGCCCCUGCUGGCCCUCGUGCCGAUAUCGGUUUUGUGCCGUCGUGGACCUCGAAGGCUGUGACUCGCCGUCACUCGCUCUUCUCGCACUCGGCCAUCAACGCUAAGGUGUCUACGCACCAGGUUCGCGCCUUUUCGUCGUCGACUCGCGCUCUCGACGCCCCUGACUUCAGCGCUAACCGUGUGAAGAACCCGGAUGUGCACCGUGCUUUUUCGUACUUCCUGAUCGGCAGCUUUGGUGCUGUGUCGGCCGCUAGCGCGCGCUCGACUGUGACGAACUUCCUGUCGACCAUGAGCGCUUCGAGCGAUGUGCUUGCGCUGGCUAAGGUUGAGGUUGAUAUGGCCAACAUCCCCGAGGGCAAGAAUGCCAUCAUUAAGUGGCGUGGUAAGCCCGUUUUUGUUCGCCACCGCACUCAGUCUGAGAUUGACGAGGCGAACGAUGUGGACCUGAGCUCUCUCCGUGACCCGGAGGCGGAUUCGGACCGCGCUAAGCGCCCAGAGUGGCUGGUCAUGCUGGGUGUGUGCACCCACCUGGGUUGUGUGCCGAUUGGUGAGGCUGGUGAGUACGGCGGCUGGUUCUGCCCCUGCCACGGUAGCCACUACGACAUCAGUGGCCGUAUCCGCAAGGGUCCGGCGCCGCUGAACCUCGAGGUGCCUGCGUACGACUUUAACGAUGCCGAGAACAAGCUUAUCAUCGGUUAA